AUGUCAAAGCUGGAAGAACACAUGGAGGGAAUCAUCAAUAUUUACCACCAGUACUCAGUGAGGGUGGGAGAUUUUGACACCCUCAGUAAGAGUGAGCUGAAGCAGCUGAUCACAAGGGAACUUCCAAAUACCCUCAAGAAUACCAGAGAUCAAUCUACCAUUGACAAAAUAUUCCAGGAACUGGAUAGAGAUGGAGACGCACAGAUUAAUUUUAGGGAAUUUGUUGUCCUGAUAAGCAGAGUGCUGGCGACUGCCCAUGACAAUAUCCACUGUGCGUAG